UCCAUACCAUCUCAUGCCAUUUCAACUUGCAAGUAUGCGUACUAUGGACAAGGUAGCCGAGUUUAGCAGAUGUGCUGCAGGCGAGGUGGAUGAGGGGAGAGCCGUGAUUGUAGGACUAUAGUGUCAGGAGCACUCCACCAACACUAGUGGGAGACAAGGACGCUGUUGCUAUUUUUGCUUCCAGUUUGGCUGCAAUGAUGAAGGUGGUACGGGGCUUCCAGGAGCUAGCCAUCACCAUCAGCCAGCCAUGUUGUAGGAAGUAACAAGGGGGAUGUACCGUACAGCAGGACAUCUGAGGUCGGUUAAUAUACACCUACAGGCGCUGUGAACUCUCGUAAUUCUGUUGGAGUACCGACUCAUACUUUAUGCUGAAGAGCUCGGACGCUAUACGCUCGCUCGACUGUUGAUGAAUUUUUUUCAAGAAUUCUCACACUGAGUGCUUUUAAGUUUUAACAAGAUGUUGAAGAAGUGGAUAUCUUGGAGUGACGGAAACGCUGGCUUUCUUCGAGCAGCGCGGGAUGGAAACCUCAGCGAGGUUUUGGAGUACCUGAAGGGAAGUACUGAUAUCAACACCAGCAACCCGAAUGGCCUGAAUGCUCUCCAUCUGGCAUCCAAGGAAGGCCAUGUCAACAUCGUCACUGAACUGCUGCGCCGUGGCGCCAACGUGGAGGCUGCAACUAAGAAAGGAAACACUGCCCUCCACAUUGCGUCACUUGCCGGACACGAAGAUAUCAUCAAGAUUCUUACCGAGAAUGGAGCUAGAGUCAACGUACAAGCUCAGGCUGGCUUUACUCCACUCUACAUGGCCGCACAGGAGGGUCACUCCGAAGUACUCAAGUUCCUUUUGGCUAAUGGGGCCAACCAAAGCUUGGCUACUGAGGAUGGCUUCACCCCCCUGGCUGUGGCCUUGCAGCAAGGUCAUGACAGAGUGGUCAGCGUUCUGCUAGAGCACGACAGCAAGGGCAAGGUCAAACUGCCUGCUCUGCAUAUUGCUGCCAAGAAGGAUGAUGUCAAGUCUGCUGCUCUGCUGCUGCAGAACGAGCAGAACAAUGUUAACACAGAAACCAAGAGCGGAGGUUUGGUGAAUGAUACAACCAAGAGCGGCUUCACCCCUCUGCACAUCGCCUCCCACUACGGCAACACAAACGUGGCCAACCUCCUCAUUCAGAGAGGCGCAGAUGUCAAUUUCAAAGCAAAGAACUUCAUCACCCCCCUACAUGUCGCUGCUCGAUGGGGAAAGGCCAACAUGGUCACCCUGCUCCUGGACCAUGGCGCCAACAUUGACGAGAGAACCAGGGAUGGACUGACCCCUCUUCACUGCGCUGCUCGGAGUGGACACGAGGGUGUCGUGGAUCUUCUGCUGGAGCGGGGAGCCCCCAACUCGGCCAAGACAAAGAACGGCCUGACUCCCCUGCACAUGGCGGCCCAAGGAGAUCACGUGGACUGUGCCCGUCUGCUCCUGUACCACAAGGCCCAGCUGGACGAGAUCACUGUGGACUACUUGACACCUCUGCACGUGGCGGCUCACUGCGGCAACGUGAAGACAGCAAAACUCCUGCUGGACAGAAAGUGCGAGCCGAAUGCCAGAGCACUGAACGGCUUCACCCCGCUCCACAUUGCAUGUAAGAAGAACCGGAUCAAGGUGGUGGAACUGCUGCUCAAGUAUGGAGCUUCCAUCGAGGCUACCACCGAGUCUGGGCUCACUCCAUUGCAUGUGGCUUCCUUCAUGGGCCACAUGAACAUCGUCAUCUACCUGAUCCAACACAACGCUAACCCAGACACCCCCACAGUCCGCGGCGAGACAUCCCUCCACCUCGCGGCCCGCGCCAACCAGACAGACAUCAUCAGAAUCCUGCUGAGAAAUGGAGCUACUGUCGAUGCUACCGCCAGGGAGAAGCAGACACCUCUGCACAUUGCCGCUCGCCUCGGCAACGUCGACAACGUCGUACUGCUGCUGCAGCACGGCGCCUCCCCCGAUGCAACAACCAAGGACCUGUACACCCCUCUCCACAUCGCGGCCAAGGAGGGGCACGAGGAAGUGGCUCAAGUCCUCCUGGACAACGGCGCCUCACACAGCAUGACCACGAAGAAGGGCUUCACCCCACUUCACAUCGCGGCCAAGUACGGCAACAUCAAGGUCGCCCGACUGCUGCUGCAGAAGGAAGCAAACCCAGACGUGCAGGGCAAGAACGGCCUGACCCCGCUCCACGUGGCCACCCACUACAACCACGUGAACGUCGCACAACUCCUGCUGGAACACAAGGCUAACCCACAUUCCGCGGCCAAGAAUGGCUACACCCCACUUCACAUCGCAGCCAAGAAAAACCAGAUGGACAUUGCCACCACCCUGUUGGAGUACGGAGCGAAACCCAACGCAGAAUCUAAGAACGGCUUCACCCCCCUUCACCUCGCGGCCCAGGAAGGACACACAGACAUUGUGUCGCUGCUGCUCGAGCACCAGGCGAACGUCAAUGCUAAAGCUCACAAUGGCCUCACCCCCAUGCAUCUCGCCGCCCAGGAGGACAAGACCCCGGUGGCAGAGAUCCUCGUCAAGUAUAUGUCUGAGAUCGACCCCACUACUAAGGCUGGCUACACCCCCCUGCACACCGCCUCCCACUUCGGACAGCAGAACAUGGUGCGCUUCCUGCUGGACCAGAAGGCCUCAGUCAAUGCCACCACCAAGCUGGGCUACACCCCUCUCCACCAGGCAGCCCAGCAGGGCCAUGUCCAAGUGUGCAACAUGCUCCUCAAGCAGAACGCCUCGCCCAACGCCGUCACCAAUAACGGACAGACAGCUCUGGCCAUCGCCCAGAAGCUUGGUUACAUCUCGGUCGUGGACACCCUACAGGGAGUGACUGAGGUGCAGACCAUCCCCGCCACCGAGGACAAGUACAAGGUCGUCUCCCCGGAAACCAUGCAGGAGACCCUCAUCUCAGACUCGGAGGAUGAAGGAGGCAGCAACCGAAACUCCCGAGAUUCGGGUCUGUUCGGACGAGAUACAUCGCGCCUGUCUGGUUUCCUAGGCGACGACUUCCUGCCGCAGUCCCCUCUGUUCGGCAAACCUCUGUCAGAGCAACACGUGUACUUGCCUUAUUACGAAGGGCAAAAGAUGCAGAACCGCGAGGACAGUCUGUCCUUGGAGCGUGGUGGCAGCAUUUCCCCACUGGAUCAGUCAUUUGAGAAGGAUUAUCAGUUGCGUCACGCAACCGACCCCCGAGGGCGCGUUAUCAGCGAGAUUGGUGCCACAAUGCAUUACCCCUCCUACCUGGAAAAAUCCCCCAACUACGAGGCUGAGAUGAUGUACUACCGAGGGGAAACCCUCUCACCAAAGGAUAAGGAUAGCAAAUCGCGAAUGGACAGUGUUUUUGGCGAUUACUCCAUUUCAACCCUUGGCCGAGACUCCACUCUCGGUAGAGAUUCCACCCUUGGCCGUGACUCCCUCAAUUACGAACCUCAGUUUCGCUCAAUGGGGGAUAGCACGGGCGAACUAGAGUAUGAUGACGAUUUGAAAUACAUGGCUGACGAACUGGCCUUGAAGAAGAAACAAGAUUUAAUGUUCAGCGAGGAUUUAUAUGCCCGUGAGUCCAUUAAACUUGGAAAAGAGGCUGCGCCAAUCUAUCGUGAUUCGGCGUACUCGGUGGAGGCGCUCUCCCCUGCCUCACCUAAAUACAUCGACGUCGUUUACCAAGGCGAUAUUUCUGGUACAAGCAGUCUUAACGAAAGUUUCAAACAAUACCCCGAUGACUCUGUGUCUCACAAAGAGGAUUAUAUGGAGGCACAGAUCACAAGCUCUGCUUACGCCCCUGCCUAUGCCACGCGCCCUGACAACCGCUACCAGACGGGCACAGCUCCCCAGGGGGAGGCAGCUCGAUACAGCUCAUACAGCGGCUCAUCGUUCAGCACCAGUUUCGAUCCAGACAACGUUCCAGUGGAUAGGGCACCUGUUUAUUCUGGCAAACUGAAAUGGAAGAGUUUCUUGAUCAGCUUCAUGGUGGAUGCUCGUGGCGGCGCCAUGCGAGGAUGUCGUCAUUCUGGAGUACGGAUAAUUAUUCCACCCCGCAAGGCCUCCAUGCCAACCCGGGUUACUUGCCGUCUGCUGAAGAAGGAGAAGCUGAUGCACCCACCUUCGCUCAAUGAAGGUGAAGGUCUCGCUGCAAGGAUUCUUGAGAUGGGCCCUGUUGCCACCAAGUUCUUGGGACCAAUCAUCAUCGAGGUUCCCCACUUUGCAUCACUCCGUGGCAAAGAGCGAGAGGUUGUGAUCAUGAGAAGCGACAAUGGCAAGAACUGGUAUGAACACCCCAUGGUGGCCACAGAAGAAGCAGUGAACGAUGCCCUUGGCGGCAGUCUGGAAGGUGCUGAAGGCGUGACGCCGUCACCGUCACAGUCUGGCUCGGUGUCUAGCUUGUGGAAACUUGACCAAGAGGAAGAACUGACAGCCAAGAGAAUCACCCGUAUCCUGACAACAGAUUUCCCACAAUACUUUGCUCUGGUGACCAAGGUUCGCCAGGAGAACAAACAAAUCGGUGAAGAAGGGGGCGUGAUCAGCUCAACUGUCGUCCCCCAGGUGCAAGCCGUCUUCCCAGAAGGGGCUCUCACAAAGACCAUCCGCGUUGGCCUGCAGGCACAACCCAUUGCACCUGAACUCGUUGCUAAGCAACUUGGCAACCGUGUGGCAGUCAGUCCCAUCGUAACGGUUGAACCCAGGCGCCGAAAAUUCCACAAACCGAUCACAUUGACCAUUCCGGUACCGAAGGCUUCUCAGAAGGGCAUGAUCAACCAAUAUGGGGGAGAUCGGCCAACACUCCGUCUUCUCUACAGUAUUUCUGGCAACAACUCUCACAACAGCCGAGGUGAGAAGGAGCCGGCGGUGUGGGAAGACAUCACUGACGCGAAGCCUAUGUCACUUGUCAAUGACUGUGUAUCUUUUACUACAACUGUGUCCGCAAGGUUCUGGCUGAUUGACUGCCAGAACAUCCAGGAGGCUACCCAGAUGGCUACUGCCCUGUACAAGGAGUCCAUCAUCGUCCCCUACAUGGCCAAGUUCGUCAUCUUUGCCAAGCGGGACUCCCAGGAGGAGGGCAAGCUGCGCAUGUUCUGCAUGACGGACGACAAGGUGGACAAGACGCUGGAGAAACAGGAGAAGUUUGCAGAGGUUGCUAGAAGCAGGGACAUUGAGGUUCUGGAAGGAAGGCCACAGUUUGUUGAAAUGGCGGGUAACCUCAUCCCCGUCACCAAAUCUGGCGACCAGCUCCACGUCAACUUUAAAUCAUUUCGAGAAAAUCGCCUACCGUGCACGGUGAAGAUCCGUGACCUUGACCAGGAGCCGUCUGCCAGAGUGGCCUUCAUGAAGGAGCCCAAGGUGGCCCGAGGCGAGGCCCCACAGUCCCCCAUAUGCAACCUCAACAUCACCCUGCCAGACAUGUCCAAGUCUGAAUCCAGCUUAGAGGACUCGGAAGCCCUUGAAGUUAGGAAGAGGCACUCGCUGCUGAGAGAGCAUGGCAUAGUGGUCCAGGACACUAUGAGUCGGGGCCAGAUGAAGCUGACAGACAUCGCGGACACCCUCCAGGGAGACUGGGUCAUCCUAGCCCAGCAACUGGACAUCACCAUGUCGGAGAUCAACCGCAUCAAGACCGACUACAACACUGUCAACGACCAAGCUCUUGCCAUGUUGAACCUGUGGGUACAGAAGAACAAAGAAAAGGCAACAGGUAAUGCCUUAGAGAGUGCCUUGCGUAAGAUCAACCGAGAAGAUGUUGCCCAGAAGUGUAUGUACGACAUCGAGACGGUGGAAGAUGAGAUGGAGGCAGCAGCAGCCAGAGUAGCCAUGGAUCAGUCAGGUUUCGAUACAUUUAAGGAAGAAGUAGGAAUUACAAAAGACUCCAUGAAGAGAGGCAUGUCCCUCGACGUCCAAUACGAUGAACAAGACCUUAUAAAGAGCCUGGACGAUAUUCAGGAGUCGGAGUCCGCAGCAGAAGAGUCCAGUCCAAGUAGUGACCGCGGGUCCUUUGUGGACAGGACUGCACCUAAAGUAGAAGCCGAAGCAACUAGCUCCCGCCCGGAAUCUAUAGCGGAGGAACAGAUUUUAGCCGAUUUAGAUGUCCGUAGGCCGCUAGCAAAGGCAGAGUCACCAGAGGAAACGGCAGAAACCUCUCGUAAAAAGAAAGAGGCUUAUAUGAGCCUUGUUAGCGAAAUGGAUCGUCUUGCUGAUGAGCAGGAAGCAUUGGAAAAAUCCCAGAGAGAAGUAACAGAAGAGAGGCACAGUGUUUCCGAAGACACAAUUGUCCGAGAGGCAAAAGGCAGCCCGGAAGACCCUAUGCAACGUGUCCAGCAGGCUCAAGCACAAGCGCCCUGUGUUGAUAUGGAACCCGAGCGCUCCCCCAGUGAAAGCUCCAUGGUUUACAAAGGAGACAAAGACCAGGGAUAUGCGGAGGAUGAGGCAACCGUCAAGACCCCACCCCCCAGUCCUUCAGAAAAACAACCAUUCACAGCGGAGGAGCGCCAUUUCGUAGAAGAUGAGGAACGUCAUGAUGAGGUCACAGAAAUUGAGGAGAUUUUCCAGAUUUCUGAAGAUGGGGAAACUUGGAAAACAAUUCGUAAAGUGACCACCAUAACACCACAGGGCACCUCUGAACGAACAGAGGUGAUCAAAGAAGAAAGAAUAACUCCUUUCUCGAACGUUGAGCAAGCUGCUGCACGAUUGGCUGCCGAGGCUGAGGGAGCUGACCAAUUGGAGUCUGAACAAGCUGAGUGGCUCAGGCAAAAAGAAGCCGAGGAACAGUCACGUCUUCAACGGCAGGAAGAGGAAGCUGAACUCCAUAGAAAACAGGCUGAGUUGUAUCGACAAGAGGCAGAGGAACGUGCACGACAACAACAGGCGGAUGAUGAGCGACGGAGGCAAGAGGCAGAAGCCGAGAAGCAAAGAUUAGAAGAUGACCGGUCAAGACAGCAAGAAAUUGAUGCAGAGAGAUUGAGACAAGCAGAGUUAGAUGCUGACAGGCUGAGGGACCAAGAGGCAGAAAGACUCCGGCAGAAAGAAGCUGAGCAGCUCCAGCAAGACGAAGCUGCUAGGCGCAGACAAAAAGAUGCGGAGAAGGAAAAAGAGCUUGAAGAAGAAAAACAGCAGAAACUAUUGAAAGAGCGAGAUGAUGAUCUGGAUGAAGUAGAUAGGCUCCGCCAACAGAGGAAGGAUGACGAUGACGAUGAGAUAGAGCGUCAGGAACUAGAUCAACAGGAGAGACAGAGACAGCUUGAAACAGAGGAUGGUGGUGACCAGUAUAGGCCACAGAUGGAUCGAGCAGAGGAUCGAGUCCGAGGUCCAGACUCAGAAACAAGAGUGGAGGCUGCCCACACCGACAAAGUUGCUAGCCUACCUCCAGGAGGGCCAAUGUCUCUAGAACCUGAGCCUUAUGGAGAAGCAGCAGAACAGAUCAUCAGUCCAACAUCGGAUGGAUCAUAUCAUGAUGGACCAUCCUCUGUCCCUGAGCCUCAAAUGCCAGCAGGAUUUGUUGCAGAAGACAGAGUAACUGACAAGGAAUCUCCAAUGUAUGAUUAUGAUCCAAGCUUUGAUGAAUUUGUUGACCAUAGAGAAGAAUACAUAGUUGAGGAAACUGCUACUGAGAGGAAAGCAACCAGUCCUACCUACUCAAUUCCCUACAGCAUCAUAGGACAACCUGGUGUCACAGGAGAACAACCUGAGGUUGUUACCACUGGAAAACAGCCUGAGGUUGUUACCACUGGAAAACAGCCUGGAGUCUUUGCCACUGAACAACAGUCUGGAGUCUUUGCCACUGAACAACAGCCUGGAGUCUCUGCCACUGAACAACAGCCUGGAGUCUCUGCGACCGAACAACAGCCUGGAGUCUUUGCCACUGAACAACAGCCUGGAGUCUCUGCAACCGAACAACAGCCUGGAGUCUCUGUGACCAAACAACAGCCUGGUGUCUUUGUGACCGAACAACAGCCUGGAGUCUCUGCGACCGAACAACAGCCUGGAGUCUCUGCCACUGAACAACAGCCUGGAGUCUCUGCAACCGAACAACAGCCUGGAGUCUCUGUGACCAAACAACAGCCUGGUGUCUUUGUGACCGAACAACAGCCUGGAGUCUCCGCGACCAAACAACAGCCUGGAGUCUCCCCCACUGAACAACAGCCUGGAGUCUUUGCAACCAAACAACAGCCUGGAGUCUUUGCAACCAAACAACAGCCUGGAGUCUUUGCAACCGAACAACAGCCUGGAGUCUCUGUGACCAAACAACAGCCUGGAGUCUCCCCCACUGAACAACAGCCUGGAGUCUUUGCAACCAAACAACAGCCUGGAGUCUUUGCAACCGAACAACAGCCUGGAGUUUUUGCGACCGAACAACAGCCUGGAGUCUCUGCGACCGAACAACAGCCUGGAGUCUCUGCGACCGAACAACAGCCUGGAGUCUCCCCCACUGAACAACAGCCUGGAGUCUUUGCAACCAAACAACAGCCUGGAGUCUUUGCAACCGAACAACAGCCUGGAGUCUCUGUGACCAAACAACAGCCUGGAGUCUCCCCUGCUGAACAACAGCCUGGACUCUUUGCAACGGAACAGCAGCCCAGAGUCUUUGCGACCAAACAACAGCCUGGAGUCUCCCCCACUGAACAACAGCCUGGAGUCUCCCCCACUGAACAACAGCCUGGAGUCUUUGCAACUAAACAACAGACUGGAGUCUCCCUCACUGAACAACAGCCUGGAGUCUUUGCAACCAAACAACAGCCUGGAGUCUUUGCGACCGAACAACAGCCUGAAGUCUUUGCCACAGGACCACAGUCUGAGGUCAUUACCAUAGAACGACAGCAUGGGGUCUUUGCAACAGGAGAACCUGAUGUCACGGUUAAAGGACAAGAACCUAAGGUUGAUGUAACAACAAAACAGCCUGAGGUCACUUCAACAGGACAACAGCCCAUAUUUUCUGCCACAGGGCAGCAUGACAUCGAGGUUAAAGAACAACAACCUGAGCAGCUGUCAAGAAAGCCUGAUGUUCUUACUGGUAUGACAGGAGUCCAGCUGAUAACCACCACCCAACAGUACUAUGAUGAAGAGGUAUCAGGAGAAUCUACUCAAGUUUUCGAUCAAGUUUUCGAUCCUAGUCUGUCAUCACAAGACUCUAUGUAUGAGGAGGUUCUUCCUGAUGGAACUAAGGUUAAGCAUCGCAAGAUCCAUCACCAAGGUAAGAGUGUUGGAGCACGUGUGAUGGAACUUGUGGAGUCGGAGGGACCUGCUCAUGACAGGGAAGAGGUACAGGAGUAUGAGGAGGUCCUGCCAGAUGGCACAGUACAUCACACACAUACGGUCAGAAAGCAAACUUUGAAGCAUGUGACCAGGACCCUGUCCGUAGACGAGGAGGAAAAGUCUCUUUACGAUCGGGAAGUGGUUAUUCCUGGUUCAAAAAGAGAAAACAUGCUUGAGACUUUCGUUGCUCCUCCCACAUGUGUGACCGAGGAAGAGGAAGUUGAGCAUGUGCUGCCUGAUGGGAAGACGGUUAAGAGGCAUGUCAUAAUGAACAGAAUGGUGCACCACAUCAAGACCCAUCAGCAGUCCUUUGAUGAGGACUCGGGCACACUGGAGGAGGAAGACUAUGAGAUUGAAGAGGUUAUCCCUGGGACCGUAUCCGCUUUCAUUGCUGGACAAGAUUCGGAGUCAGAUGACGAUGAACUGUCUGGCCAGAUGAUUGCCGACAUGGCAGAAUUUCAGGAGAUCCUGGAUGAUGGGACGGUCGUUACAAACAAACUCCUCAUCAGUGAAGAAAAACGGACAGUCAGAUCUAGGUCUGGGUCAAUUGAUGAGUCUGAGGAGUCUCGCAGAGUGGAAGAAGUUGCAGUGACGCCAAGUCCACAUCCAGGUUCCUUUGUACAAGGAGAAGCCAUGCCUUACGAUACCACAGGUCACGUGCCAGUCCAGACGAGAGAGAGAGUUGCCCAUUUUGAGGAGUUUCGGCAUGGUGGCAUUGUAGAGGACACACUGGAACUGAGGGAGGACACCGAGAGGAAGGGAAUUCUCCAGCAGAGGACUGUCCUGGAUGAUACUCCAGACAGCUUCGGGACACCAGAGUGCCGUGAGUUGACUGACAGUGGCUUGGCUAAGCGGCAAGUUAAGAAGGUAACAUGGCAACCAGACCAUGUUGAGGUUGAAGCGAGUUUCGAGAAUGGUGCGCCAGACACACCUGUCAUUACCAUUACGGAAGAUCUCAGCACCCCCCCUGAUGAAGAUGAUUAUAUAUCUUGCUACGGAAUCGUACAAGAAUCUGAUUCGAAAGGUGUGGAGGCGGCUCCCAGUGAGGAACCAAAGGCCCAAACAGAAGCAGGUAAAGAGGUUUCAGAGAGCAAAUAUCAAGAGGAAGUAAGUGAGAUUGUAACCAGGGAAACCUCAGAAACCGUUGCAUCUGCCGUCCAUGUACACACAACAGAGGAAAGGAUAGAAACUGUCAAAACAGAACAUAUGUCUGAAACAUAUGAGGAGAAGGAGGACCUUGGUGAUACAGAGAUCAUUUCAAAGGAAAAGAUUAUUGUAACAGAAACUGAAAGGAUUGUUGAUGAUGAAGUUUCAGAACCCGAUGAAACUGAGGUGGGCAGAGCCGAAACUCCGACCAAGACAAUUGAAGAUGAGACAUUUCCAACUCAAAAAACACCUGAUGAACAGGAAGAUAUUCCUGAUGAAUGUAUAUCAGAAACCAAAGAGGAUUCAUUUGAAUUCCAAAGGGACCAGAAAACUGUUUAUGACUCUGAAAAACAUAUUUUGUCAGAGGAAACAACCAAAGAGAUUUACACUGAGGACCACAAAGAAGUUUUUGUGUCUGUUCAAAGGGACCAUGUUGUUACUGAACAAGAGGAAGUGCAUGAGGUGGUGGAGGAGAGGAAAGUGAUAGUACAAGAGGAAGAAGAGCCUGUAAAGGAGGAGGUUGAACAAGAACUUUUGGAGGGAGUUGAAGGGGCAGAGAGAGGGCAGGAAGUAGAUGAUGCCACAGAACUGUCUGAGCCUGUGAAACCAGAGGAGUAUGUGGAGGAAUUUGCACCAGCAGUGGAGCAAAUUGAGGAGAGAGAGGAGGAGGUUGUCAAGGAUAUUGCACAACAGGAACCUGAAAGGGUAACUAUUGCUCAGGUUGUUAGUUUCGAUGAGCAAGAGGACACAUUCCACGAGGCAGAGGUUGAAGAUGAGACAGUUUCCAAAGAACACGUUGUAGAGCAGAUUGAGCAAGAAGACUUCAAAGAUACCUUUGUAGAAUCAGAAAUUUCCAAAGAUGAACAAGUUGUAGAGCAGAUUGAGCAAGAAGAGUUCAAAGAUACUUUUGUCGAAUCAGAAAUUACUGUUACUGAUAAAGAGCCAGCUGAAGAACAGGUAGAUAUCAAGGAAAUUGACAAGGUAGACACUGACAUGGUCACAGUUGAGAAAGAUGAAUAUGCUGAAAGUCAAGAAAUUGAAGAAUUCCAACAAGCUGAAGCUGAAUUGGUUAUCAAAGUUGAAGAACAAGAGAAACAAGUAUUGGUAGAAUAUGAUGAACAGGUAAAAGCUGAGAAAGUUGAGGAACAAGCUGAAGAUUAUGAAGAAUUUGAACAAGCUGAAACUGAAUUGGUUAAAGAACAAACUGAAAGUCAAGACAUUGAACAGGAAGUGUUGAAAGAAGUGGAGGAAACACAUGUCCAGGAAGGACAGGUUCAGUUUGAGGAAUCUCAGCAGCAAGCUGCAACUGAAGUUGUCACUGAAGAAGUUUAUGAAAAAGUCGAGGACCAUGUCCAGGAAACCUCAGAAAAGGUUCUGGAAGAAGUGAUUGUGUCUGAAGAUAGGGAAGAACCGAAAAUGGCAUCUGAGCAAGAGCUUGAGGAAAUCUUUGAACAGGCAGUGGAAGAAGAUGUCACAUCUGAGCAACUACAAGGACAGGAAGAGACUCAGCAGGAAGAAGCAACAUUCCAAGGGACAGUAACAGAAACUGUAUUAGCCGAGAAAAUCUCUGAAGAUACAGUUGAUGUGACAGAAACUGUUAUAGACAAAGAAACUGAAUUUGUUACUGUUGAAAAGGUUGAAGAAACAGUUACUGAGGAAGCUACCAUUACUGAAACUGACAGAUCAGAGGUGCAACUUGAGCAGGAGGCAGUUAAGGGUAUUGAAAAGGAGGAGGAGAUUUUAGCAGAAACAUCUGCAGUGGAUGAGACUGAGGAUACAGUUGUUGAACAAGCUCCCGAAGAAACCGAGAUUCUGAAAGAAGAGAAAAUGGUUGAAGAACAACUUGAACAGCAUGUAUUUGAGCCAGUGUCAUCAGAAAGAGUAGUGGAAAGUGAGGUUUUGGAUGUAAAGGAUGAUGUUGAUGCUGUUAUUGUCAAACAGGAGGAAAGUGAAUCAGAAACAGAAGAAGCUGAGGCACCAUCUGAUACCCAGGAACUAAUAUUUGUGGACAAAGCGACCGAGGAGGUUGAGGUAGUAGAACAAGAAAUGAUACAUGAAUCUGACAUGGAACCCGCUCAUGUAACUAUUGAAUCCACUGAAGAAGUAACAACCCAUUUAGUUGAGACUGAACAAGUUGAUGAACAGGAUGCCAAAAUAACAUCUGUUGAGCAGGAAGCCUCCAGAGAGAUAGUAGAGGAGACAUUUGAAGAGGCAGUAGUAGAAACUGUUGAUCAGGGAGUUUAUGAAAUAACAGAAUCUUUCCCUAAAACUGAUGAACGUGAAGCACCUACAGUUGGAGCUGAAGAAACAUUUGAGGAGGCAACGGCAGAAACCUUCACUUCUAAAAGAGCAGAGGAAGAAAUAACAAAGUUGGUAGAAGAAGAGAAUGUUGAGACCAUUACUUCUGUUGAACAACCAGAAGCCCACGAAGAAGUAGUUGAGGAGUUUGAGCUAGAAGCUGUUGUUGCUGAAACAGUUGUGGAAGAAGUACCAGAAUCUUUCAUGGAUAGUGUAGAACAAGAGAAGGCAGAGAGCAUUGUUUCUGUUGAACAUGAACGUCCAAGAGAAGCUAUUGAGGAAACAUUUGAAGAACCAGAAGCAUACAAAGAAGUAGUUGAGGAGGUUGAGCCAGAAGCUGUUGUUGCUGAAACAGUUGAGGAAGAAGUACCAGAAUCUUUCAUGGAUACAGUAGAACAAGAGAAGGCAGAGAGCAUUGUUUCUGUUGAACAAGAACGUCCAAGAGAAGCUAUUGAGGAAACAUUCAAAGAACCGGAAGCAUACAAAGAAGUAGUUGAGGAUGUUGAGCCAGAAGCUGUUGUUGCUGAAACAGUUGAGGAAGAAGUACCAGAAUCUUUCAUGGAUACAGUAGAACAAGAGAAGGCAGAGAGCAUUGUUUCUGUUGAACAAGAACGUCCAAGAGAAGCUAUUGAGGAAACAUUCAAAGAACCGGAAGCAUACAAAGAAGUAGUUGAGGAUGUUGAGCCAGAAGCUGUUGUUGCUGAAACAGUUGAGGAAGAAGUACCAGAAUCUUUCAUGGAUGCAGUAGAACAAGAGAAGGCAGAGAGCAUUGUUUCUGUUGAACAAGAACGUCCAAGAGAAGCUAUUGAGGAAACAUUCAAAGAACCGGAAGCAUACAAAGAAGUAGUUGAGGAUGUUGAGCCAGAAGCUGUUGUUGCUGAAACAGUUGAGGAAGAAGUACCAGAAUCUUUCAUGGAUACAGUAGAACAAGAGAAGGCAGAGAGCAUUGUUUCUGUUGAACAAGAACGUCCAAGAGAAGCUAUUGAGGAAACAUUCAAAGAACCGGAAGCAUACAAAGAAGUAGUUGAGGAUGUUGAGCCAGAAGCUGUUGUUGCUGAAACAGUUGAGGAAGAAGUACCAGAAUCUUUCAUGGAUGCAGUAGAACAAGAGAAGGCAGAGAGCAUUGUUUCUGUUGAACAAGAACGUCCAAGAGAAGCUAUUGAGGAAACAUUCAAAGAACCGGAAGCAUACAAAGAAGUAGUUGAGGAUGUUGAGCCAGAAGCUGUUGUUGCUGAAACAGUUGAGGAAGAAGUACCAGAAUCUUUCAUGGAUACAGUAGAACAAGAGAAGGCAGAGAGCAUUGUUUCUGUUGAACAAGAACAUCCAAGAGAAGUAAUUGAGGAAACAUUCCAAGAACCGGAAGCAUACAAAGAAGUAGUUGAGGAUGUUGAGCCAGAAGCUGUUGUUGCUGAAACAGUUGAGGAAGAAGUACCAGAAUCUUUCAUGGAUACAGUAGAACAAGAGAAGGCAGAGAGCAUUGUUUCUGUUGAACAUGAACGUCCAAGAGAAGCUAUUGAGGAAACAUUCAAAGAACCGGAAGCAUACAAAGAAGUAGUUGAGGAGGUUGUGCCAGAAGCUGUUGUUUCUGAAACAGUUGAGGAAGAAGUACCAGAAUCUUUCAUGGAUACAGUAGAACAAGAGAAGGCAGAGAGCAUUGUUUCUGUUGAACAAGAACAUCCAAGAGAAGUAAUUGAGGAAACAUUCGAAGAACCGGAAGCAUACAAAGAAGUUGUUGAGGAUGUUGAGCCAGAAGCUGUUGUUGCUGAAACAGUUGAGGAAGAAGUACCAGAAUCUUUCAUGGAUACAGUAGAACAAGAGAAGGCAGAGAGCAUUGUUUCUGUUGAACAAGAACAUCCAAGAGAAGUGAUUGAGGAAACAUUCGAAGAACCGGAAGCAUACAAAGAAGUAGUUGAGGAUGUUGAGCCAGAAGCUGUUGUUGCUGAAACAGUUGAGGAAGAAGUACCAAAAUCUUUCAUGGAUACAGUAGAACAAGAGAAGGCAGAGAGCAUUGUUUCUGUUGAACAAGAACAUCCAAGAGAAGUAAUUGAGGAAACAUUCGAAGAACCGGAAGCAUACAAAGAAGUAGUUGAGGAUGUUGAGCCAGAAGCUGUUGUUGCUGAAACAGUUGAGGAAGAAGUACCAGAAUCUUUCAUGGAUGCAGUAGAACAAGAGAAGGCAGAGAGCAUUGUUUCUGUUGAACAAGAACAUCCAAGAGAAGUAAUUGAGGAAACAUUCGAAGAACCGGAAGCAUACAAAGAAGUAGUUGAGGAUGUUGAGCCAGAAGCUGUUGUUGCUGAAACAGUUGAGGAAGAAGUACCAGAAUCUUUCAUGGAUACAGUAGAACAAGAGAAGGCAGAGAGCAUUGUUUCUGUUGAACAUGAACGUCCAAGAGAAGCUAUUGAGGAAACAUUCGAAGAACCGGAAGCAUACAAAGAAGUAGUUGAGGAUGUUGAGCCAGAAGCUGUUGUUGCUGAAACAGUUGAGGAAGAAGUACCAGAAUCUUUCAUGGAUACAGUAGAACAAGAGAAGGCAGAGAGCAUUGUUUCUGUUGAACAAGAACAUCCAAGAGAAGUAAUUGAGGAAACAUUUGAGAUGUUGAAAUCAGAAACAGUUGCGGCUGGAAAAGUUGAGGAUGAAGAUGAACCUGAAGAAGAGAGAGAAAUUGUGCAGGAGAGGCUGAUUGAAACUCAAAUCACUGAGACUGUUGCAUCUGAGAGAAUUGUAGAGUAUGAGGAAACAACACUCAUGCAUGAAGUUAGCAAGGAAGAAGUCACUGAGUCAGAUGUUUCUGAAACUGUUCCUGAUGUCCAUAGAGUUGAGGUAGUUUCUGCAGAGCAACAUGUUGAGCUUACUGAGGAAACAGAUGACAUGCAAGAUGCUGUAUUGCAGUCUGUCACUGAGCAGCAACUUGCAGAAGCAAUGUCAGAAAUUACACAAGAAUCCCCCAAAGAAGUGAUUGAAGAAACCUUUGAGGACACUGCUAUUGAACCAGUAGCUGCUGAGAAAAUGGAAGAGGAAGAAGAACCAACUGAGUCCAAGGAAGUAGUUGAGGAUAUGAUUCAGAUCCAAACCACAGAGACAGUCUCCUCAGCUGUUCAUUAUGAAGAAGAAACAUUCACAGAGGAUGCACAAUUUUCACAAAUGACUGAUGUAGAUCAUGUCUUGACAAAACAGGAAGAGGAAGACGAAGAAAGACCAGCUUUAUCAGAACAAAUAACAAUUGAAGUGGAAGAACCUGAAAUGUUUGAGGAGAAAGACAAAUUACAGGAGAGUGUUGAUGGAGUGGACAUUGAACAGGUACAGGAAAUUACUGAUGAACAACAAUUUACAGAAGAAAGGCUUGAAGGACAGACUCAUGAACUCUUGGAGGAGCAUGUAGAUGAACAUGAUGCAUCCGACAAAGAAGCUGAAGAAGAGUCUGAUAAGGUUGAACAGAAGGAGUCUGCUUUCAGUGUGGGAAUUACUGUUGAACAUGCAGGUGAAGACCUACAAGAAGAAAGCACUGAAGCCAAAAAAGAUGAAGUCCCUCAAAAAGAUGAAUCAUCUGUUGAUGAACAGCCUGUUCUUGAACAGGAAGAACCAUCUCCUGAACGUGAACAAGAUGAUCAAGAGCGUGCAGAGGAAAUAGAAGCUGUUGCAGCCGUGUGCAUUCCUGAAGAUGAAGGAUAUGAUGAACUAAUGGAAGAAAAGGUUGAAGAACAGCCUGUUGAUGUUCAAGACGAUGAAGGAUUGGUUGUAGUUGAUGAUGAUAUUGAGCAUGAACAACUGGAGCAAAUUCACACUGAUGAAGGUGCAGAGUAUGAUGAAGACCAACCUGAAGUGGAUGAACCCGAUAGAUUCAAGGAAAUGGAAAUACCAGAGAGGGAUGUCCAAGUCACAGAAACAGUUGAAAAGUUCACAAGUGUGGUUGUUAGCUCAGAGAGAACACAUGACUAUGAGACAGAAAUGUCCGAAUCCUAUGAACAAAUUGAGGGACAAAUUAUUGAUGACAGCGUAACACCUCUUGAAGAACAAGUAGAUGAGGAAACAGAAAAGGUUUCAGAUCUAGAUAGAGAAAAGGAGGCUUUUGAGAAACUAGAUCUUAGUCCAGAACCAGAAAAGGAGGAAGAUGCAGAAGCUUCUGACGAUGAAAUGUUUGUAGAGAAAACUGAACAAGAAAUUGAACCACUUGCUUCAGAAGUAGGUGAACCACAAACUGAAAGUGUGUGUGAAGAGGAAAAACUUCCCUUAGAUGAGCAUGUGCAAGCCGAAAAAGAAAUUCUUGUGAGUGAGCAUGAGCUUGAAAGUGAGAGUGAAGAUGAAGCUUGGGAGAUGUUGGAGAAAGAUGAACUCUCACAAGAUGAACUAAUGGCAGCCAGUGAUGAAAUGCUGAUGCAGGUUUCUGUGGAGGAAGUGAAAGAAGAACCUGAAACAUCUGAAAAGGAACCAGUGUCAACUGUUCUUCAUGAAGAGGAAGUAGUAUCAACUGAAGCCACUCAGAUAGACUUAGUUGUCAAAACCGAACAUUUUGAACAGAUCACAGAAACAACUGUAGAAUCUCAACUUACUGAAGAAACCGCACUAACUGCUAAGGAACAAUUACCAGAUGAAGAGCUUGUUGAAAGAGGGCGGUUUUCACCUGUAGAAACAGAGAAACUGGAGGAUGUGCAACCUGGAGAACCAGCUCAAGAACCAGAACAUGGUGAUAGUUUAAAAGAUACUGGAUCAGCACUUGUCAUGUCUGAAGUUGAAAUUGUAACUGUUGAGGAUAAUACCUCAUACCAGAAUAGAAUUGACCAAGGCAUAGUUGAUCAGGCAUCCUUUGAAAUGGAAGGAGAACCUGUUGAAGUCGAUUUUAAGAGUGGAUCCUCUGAGUUAUCAGAUGAAGACCUGAAAGAGAGAAAACUUUCUGCAAGUGAAUUUGCUCAGUCCCAAGGAGUUGCAGAGGAGCAACAAGAACCAAGUCAAAUCCAGGUGCAUCAGGAACAGAUUGUGAUGGAAGAGCCAUUGGAACUGACUGACUUACAGCAAGUUGAAGAUGAGGAAGUUGAUGAAGAGUUUGCUGAAACAGAGGAGCCCGAGUUAGAAAAGUUGGCUGAAACUGAAGAUGCUGAUGAAUUUUCAGACACACCAUCUUUUGAAGGACCAAUUGAGCAAGGGUACAGAGAAUCAGCAUCUCCUGAAUUGGAGCAUGCUCAAGUUGAGGAAACAUUUGAACAAGAACCUGAACUGACACCCGAAGAACCUAUGAAACAAACUCAGGAGGAGGAGCAAGUUGUCGGAACUGAUGUAUCUGAGAGACCACACAGACCAGAGCCUCAAGAAACUGACCGCCUAGUGUCAGAGACACCAGAACAGAUUGGAAAGGCAACACCAUCAGAGCUAGAGCCUCCAACUGAAGAUGAACCCAAAUCUGAAAAAGAAGAGCAACAACUUGAUGAGAAAGACAUCGAGUCUCCUGUGAUUAAAGAUCUAGAUGAACAGGAAGAAGAGCUUGCCGACACCCAAGAAGAUAAAGAGAAACAUGAUGUCUGUGUAGAAGAAACAAGGAUGUCCUCUUCAGAGGAUGAAGAUUCAGUAGAGGUGAAAGUUGAAAUAUUUCCAGAGAAGGCUGCGUCAGAAAUGAAACAAGACAUUGAUGAAAUUGAAAAUGAACUGAAAAAAGAAAGUUUGGUUGAGAAAUCAUCUAUGAUAGAAUUUUCUGAAAUGCGCACUGAAACAGUGCAGCAUGUGGAAGUACAUACUUCUGAAACUGUUAAAAGUGAAAUAUCAGAAUUUGAUUCUUUGAAACAUUGGGAUGAAGUCACCCAGAAGGAAGGAAAGUAUGACCUUGCAGCAAGUGAUGUCAUGACAGAAUCAUUUUAUGAAUCAUCUAUAGAUCAAUCCUACACAGAAAAAGAAGAAAUCCUGGUAGACACUUCCUCAACAUUAAUCAAAUCUGACCUCGACAUAGACACUACAGAAACCUCAACUCUUGUAAAAUCUGAACUCGACCUUGAUACUACAGAAACAAGACCAGAGCCAGAAGAACUUGAAUUGAAAGAGGACAAGGAUGUUGAACCUACCUGUGCUGAAGCAGAGCUCAUCACAACCUCCCUUGAAUCAAUGGAUGAAAGGGAACGAGCAGAAUCUAUUGAAACAGAAUCAGUUGAUUCUCAACAACAGGUGGAGCAAAGGGAGGAAUUCAUCACUGCUGCUGAACCAACAAUUCCUGUUGAAGCAGUCCCAUGGACAACAGAUGACAUGAAAGCUGUAGAAUCUGAUGAAGACUUUUCAGAUGAAGAAGACCUUGGGGCUAGCAGAGAACCCACCUCAGACUCAGAUACUAUUCCAGAUGAUGCAAAAUUUGAUGAUGAAGAUGUUAGUCCUAGUAAGCUGGAAGAAACAGUUGCAUAUGAAGAACAGGUCCUUGACAAAAAGGAAGAAAUGAUACAGCAAGAAGUUGAACUCAAAGAUGAUAGGAUUGCUGAACAAUCGCAAACUGUCACGGAAACUUCAUUUGAAAGUUUCUCAUUCACACAAAAAGAAACCAUAGUUGAACAUGCCACAAGCUACUUUUCUGAUGAAGAUGUGCCAGCCCACAUGCCAGACCAGACCCCUGAAGAAAAGGAUAUUGAAGAUGAUUACCUACCUGAUGAAACAGACUUCAAAGAUGAGGAUGGUCACUCUGAACCUGCUGAAGAUGAGUUCUUUAUUCCCUAUAAGCAAACCAAGGAUUUCGCUGCAGUGACUUCCUUUGAAUCAUCAAUGACAACUUCCAUUUAUGAACCAGCAGAUUUAGAUGAUGUCCAAGAACCAGAGGUGGCUGACUCAGAGCAGUUUGUAGAUCGUAGGGAGGAAUUCACAGAAGAAGUAAGAACAUCUACUGACUUCAAAACUGAAGCACUUAUCAGUUUUGAUGACAAACCUGAAUUUGACAGAGAAGAUGACAAGUCUGAAGAAACUUCCUUUGAAGAGACAUUUAUUGAUAGAAAGGAAUCCUUCCUAGAGGAAUCUCUAGAAACAAUAGUCAGUGAUUCUUCCAAUAGAGAAGGUGGUGGUGCCUCUGUGGACAUUGUUGGUGCAGGAGGUGAAUCUCUGAUAUCAGACCAAACUGCUGACAAAGCCCCCUCUUCCGAAAAGUCUCCUUCCCAAGGAAAUGAGACUGACAGACCUUCCAGCCCACAAGAUAGCAUCUAUCUUGCCCUCCACGCCCCACUCCUUCCAUCCUCCUCCACUGAGGUGCAAGAUAGGUCAGGCACACCUAGUGACAUUGAACCCGAUGAACUUGAUACAGUGCAGGAAAAAACAGUUGUUCAUUCUGACAGUAAUGAAAGAGCAGUGUCUCCAUUAGAAUUUUCAUAUGAAGCUAGACAUCUUUUUGAAGAAUCUGACAUCACAGGAGCUUCAGCCGAUGAUGAAAUGGAACCAGAAGGCAGAAUUACUGCUGACACAUCCCAACAGAUAUUCAUUGAACAAUCUAUUGAAUCAAGAAAACCACCAAAGGUUGGAGGGUACUCUUCUGGAGAUGAUGAUGAAGAUCGCCCUCCCUCCCCCUCUGAAUUUACUCUUGUACAAUCCCAUGAUCAGGACAUGUUAAUGAAAGCUCUGGGAAUAGAUCAGACAAUUGAUGAAGAUAGGUCAUCAGAAGAAGCAACUGAUUCAGAAUCAGAAAGUGAAGAUGAUGAAGACCGACCUCCAUCUCCCACUGAGUUUACUCUUGUUGCGUCUCAAGACCAGGACACACUCAGUAAAGCACUAGUUGAUGAAUCUGAACCCGACUACGCUCUGCAGGAGGAACACCUUAUCUAUAUCCAAGAUGCCGAUAUGCCACCCAAAAUUGGCUUUGGAGAUGACUUCAUGCGAGAUCCUCUGAGUGAUGGAUUCACAACGGGGACCAGUAGUGCUGAAGCCCCUGAUGCUAGUGAACAAUCCUCAAGCGAACAAGCCCAGAAGGAGACUCUGGACCAGUCAGUGGAAAACAACACCAUGUCGACUCUGAGCUCUGAACUCAAUGAACAACCAGCUCUAGAACCUUCUGCCCCACCAAUGUCCUCUUUUGAAGAAACUUCAGAGGAAGUGACAGUCAUGACAUCUAGUUAUGAGAGACUCUAUCAAGGAAUAAACAUUGAAACAACAACACACUCUGAACAAAUACUGGAUAUUGGUGACCACUUUGACACCAAACAACCAGACCUUCACUUCCAACCAGCUGGUCACUCCUCCAGCUAUGAGCAGCUGUAUCAGCAGGGGGAGACAACUGGCCCCGAAGAGAUCCCAGUCAUCAAGACUGAGCAAGAAGAAAAGCUCAGUUCAUCGAGUUCAGAAGUUGCCCAACUUGACGACGUUCGUGAUCAAGAUGCCGAAAAACGUGAAACCAGUGAAGAGAAAACUGAAGAGACGGAUGUGGAAGAACAGUUUUCUCCCCUAUCUAAGCAACAAUCUCCGGCCAAGCAGGCCCUUAAUCUAGAGCUUGAUCCCCAGACACCAUCUUUCUCUUUCUCUGAUAAAUCCCCUGACAUAAUAAUUUCCUCCCAGCUAGAUCAGGGGCAACAACCAGUAUUGUCUGUUCCUGGUAAGCCUCUCUUGGUCGGUCCUUCACCGUCUGACCAGUUAUCUACAGUUCUGGAGGGAGAAGAGGAGGAUGUGGAGGAAGAACCAAAAGGACCUGAAGAAAAACCUCCUCAGCCACAACCAAUGUUACUUGAGUCACCAACCGAAUGUGAUCCUGAUGAAGAAAUCAUAGAGACCUGUGUCUUUACUGAAGUCACUGAAUCCACAUCUGAAACAAGAACACAAACUGUCUUCCACAGAUCAGAAAGAGAAAGUGUGGAACAGACCCUGCAGUUUUCACCGGAUGAUAGGGGGGAAAGUCUUGUGACAGAAGAACAACAGUUCGACUAUCCUGCUGAAUCCUACCAAGAAAUGAAAUCUACUGUCUGUGAAACCACAAUCUCUGGAGCAAUGGCAACAGAUUCCAUGGAUGAAGUUGUAAGUCAGUCAGCAUACAGAACAGCAGAAAAAACUGUUGAACAUGUGGAAAGUGUACCAGCUGAACAAUCGUUUGAGCCACUAGUAUCUGAACAAACGACAACCACGGUUUAUGAAGAAAGUGAAGAAGUAGAGGCUGGUGAUGAGGAGAAAUUGAAAGGAAGUGAUGAUGAACCUAGUGAUGAAUUUGGUGAAGCAGCAAUAGAUAGAACCGAGACACACAUCACCACUGAAAGAGAUGUCACAGACAGGCCUGUGGUUUCUGUAGUUCCUGUUGUACAGCUGUCUCAAGAACAAGACGUUUUGAUUGAUACAUCAGAAACUGUAGAAGAGACCUCUGCCUUGGACAAAGAUGCCACAUUGGAUACAGAGGAGCCUUCACAGCAGAUUGAAGGUGAAAAUGUCAUUGUGGAGGUUAAAAUGACAGAAUCAAUACGAACUGACUCAGUAGACUCUACAGGAGAACCUGAGGAAGAAACUCUGGAGGAAAGGGAAACCCGGCUAUCAUACAUGGCAUUCGACAACAUGGCGUUCUCUGCUGAGGAUGCUGACAAAGGAGCUAUUGCAGCUGCUGGCAAGUCAAAACUGCAGAAACAAGACACAAAAGAAAUUUCUCCUGAAGACCUUGAGGAGAAACCAUGGCAGUUUGAAUUUCCUGAUGACUUCAAAAGGGAGCUGGAUCAGAGAAAACUAACACAGGAUGAACUAGAUCUGUCUGGAAAGGAAGGGCUCUUUGCAGAGACAACUACUGAAACUACAGUGAGAGAUGACAAGUAUGAAACAACGACAACCACCACAACUACAUACUCUCACUUUGAGUGUAGUACUAAUAUGACUGAGUCCUACCAUGAACAAUUAUCAGAAUCUUACCAUGAAACAAAACCAGAUUUGGUUUCCAAUCAGGAGGAGCCAGACCAAGUACCUGUAUUGUUAACAGAGACAUCCGAAACCAGAGUUGACACUGAAAUUCAACCAGACAUACUGACUGAUCAUGAAGUGGACAUAACAUCAGAAGUCACAGAGAAGGCAGGUAGUGACACUGUUCCCGAGCCUAGAGAAACCCUCCCAGAUGAUGAACCAGAAAUUGAAAAAGAAGAGGAAAUUCCAGAAGAUGCUUCCUCCCAAAGCAGUUCAGACCAUGACAAUGAAGUGUUUGAUGAAGCUAGUGGUAAAUAUGUUAAAAUUCCAUGGGAGGUAGCUCAUCAGUUCAAGAGACAGUUCUCUGAGUCCUUGUUGGAACAAGAUAAAAAGUUGUUCAAAGCCCAACACUCUAUUGAUAUGGGAGCGUUCUACAGAAGGGAUGAGAAGACUGAGGAAUCGGUGUCAUCCAAACAUGCACAACACAGAUCAGAAACAAUUGAUAGGACAGAAGCUGAGGAAGUCACAGAAACAAGAUCAAUGCAAAGGGUAACAUUCCAGUUAUCUGAUGAUGAAAGUGUUGAAUACACUGAAGUAGCAGCUGAGGUAUUUGUUGAAGAAGUACAUAGGGUUGAGACUCAGCCUGAAACCACUACCAUCUAUGAGCCCCAUGAUAUGAUACAGGAGACUCACAAAGCUGAAGUAAUAUCAAGCAUCCUAGAAAGUAGACAGCAUGUCAAGGAAGAGAUUGCAAAACAGGGUGAAGAAGCUGAGUUCGAAGAUGAAUUUGCAGCACAAGCUGCAAACAUGUACACUGAAGUAACAUCUCAGGAUAUCUUUUCACCCAAUGAAGAUCUGAUGGCAUCAUAUGCAACUGCCAAGUCAUCCUUGGAUUCCUCAAUUGAAAGAUCUUUUGUUGAUGCUCAAUAUUACAUGGAGUCUUCCCAUACUCAGUCGUCCAAGUUAAGUAGGGAAGACAGCACAGACAGUAGAGACAGCAAACCUGAUGAGGAACUAUUCCCUGCACAUUCAUUCCAGCCUAUCAGUGUUGUGAGCAAGGAGUCUCGACUUGCCCAACAGGAACUACUUCAGGAAAUGGGGGAUGAGAAGGAUAGAUCACUCUCCCCCUCUGUUGACAGUGAAGAACUAUCUACAACUUAUGAGAGUCAAGCUGAGCUGCAAGAAGAACUAGGGGGAUGUGGAAUGCAACAUCUUCCUCACAUACCAAACAAGUUCCCAAUGGCUGUACAUAGCCUUGGUAAGGCUCUUGCAGACAAUGAAAUCUAUGAAUCAUCAGAAACUGAAAGAGAUUCCACGGAGGAGAAACUCUCACCUAUUGAGGAAGCCCCAACGUCGGAGGGUUUAGAGGAAAUGAAUGAUGAACCAUCAGGGAAAACAGAGAAGAGAGUUACAUUCCAAACCGAUACCUUGUUUGCCAGAACACAAGAGCUACAUGGAGGUGAGGACGUCAAAACAUCAACUUCUUCUUCAGAGGUUUCCAUGGAGCCUACUUUGCUGGCAGCUUCCUAUGACCUGGACACUGGACAUGUCUCACAUGUGGUAGCAGCCUAUGACAUCUCACCAGACUCGGUUGAAAAACAAACUCAACCAGAAGCUGCACCAAAGGCUAUUCUAUCAAGUCCAGAAGAUGAUGUGUUUGAAACAGAUGGUUCACUGGUUACAUCUGAAGUUAGAGUAUGUUCUGAUAUUUUGUCUGACACAAAGGAAUCUGGAUCAGACUUGUAUCCCUCACCACCUGCGCCGACACCAAUGGACUCCUCCAUCACGGACACUGCUUGUGACCUUGAAAGUGCAAGCUCAAAAUUAGAACAGAUACACGAUGAACAAGUUGAAGAAGAACUUGCAGCUGAGGCAGGACACAGAGUUGAGGAAGAUGAAUUGUCAGAAACCCCCAAACAUACUGAAGAAGAUGAGCCAAGUUCACCUUUUGAAAUCAUGUCACCAAGUGAAUUAGCUGAUGUUGGCUUGGCUGCAGAGGUUACAGUUGAGGGAACAAUGAUCACAUCUCUUGAAUCAGCCACAUCAACUAGUAGCUAUGCUGAGAUCGAUACCGAAAUGGUGAGUAGUCAGGAUAUUGUUGUGGAAGAAGAAGACAUUGUUGAACCUCUGCCUGUAAAUGAGACGGUAAGCAUGCUUAAUGGACCAACUGAGGUGGAAUAUCAUGCUGAGUAUGACCAGGAAUAUCCAGAACAACCACCCAUUCAUCAUCAGGAACCACUUACUAUCGGACAUGAUGUCAUUGGUCAGCUCCAAGACGCUCAGCUCCCUGUGGAUGAUGAGCCGAAAGGAGAAUCAUUUGUUCAGUCAACGGAUGAAUUACCACAACAGAUGUGGUCGUUUUCAGCAGGUGAUGCCCAGCCUAUUGAAUCCAAAGAACAAGAGAAAGAUGUAACUCUCACACAGGGGGUCAUGGAAGAGCUUCAGCCACCACAAGGACAAGAUCAGCUGACUUCAUCUGAACAAACGCUCUAUGGAUUUGAAAUGCCAUCUGAGGAGAUGGGAGCAUUGUCUGUUUCUACAUCCUUCAAAGAAUCACUUGGAGCACUGGAGGUUGACCAAGACUCUGAAAUGACACAGCCUCCAACAGAAAUCACUUUUCAAACAGAUGAAGCCUUAACUGAACAAGAAAUUUCUGACACCAAGGCCCCUGGUCCAGUGGACACAGUUUCCACAGAAGCAAAAGAGAAACCAUCUGAACCAGCAGAAGCAAAGGAAGAUUUUGACUUGCCUCAGGGUGGUAUCUACCCAGGGAAAAGAGCUCUUGAGAUAGAGAUUGAAUCACAGGGUGCUUUCAGUUCUGAAUAUGCCAGUGACAUGCUAGGUACAGAGGAGCAACAACAAUAUUUCUCUGCUAGUGACAGCGAAGAUGGACUGGAUGAGUAUGUUGAACAGGAUGAACCAGAAAAUGACAAGCACAAGGAGGAAAAAGAAAUUUUACGAUAUGAAGACCAUUAUUCCAUGUCAAAAGAAUCUGAAUACAAAGAAAGUGUGACAACAACUGUAUUUACAGAGACAAUCAUUCAGUCAAGUGACAUCCAAGAUUUUGUGACUGAGGUACAAACAGAAACACAGGGUGAAUAUGAGUAUGCUGAAAAGGCAGAGGAUGAACUUAUCAGGAUAGAUGACGGUAAGCCUGAAUCAGAGAUCGAUGACAGUGAAACAGUACCGGCUCCAUUGUUCAUUACAACUGAGAAAAAUGACCAGUUGGAUAUUCAGCAGGAUGAUCUGGAUCGACCAAUAUCUCCAACUCCCGAUGCAGUGCAACAAUCCUACUUCGGAGAUGAACAGGAUGAGCUGAUGGCUUCUGAGUUACAAGCUGCUGAAGAAGAAGUUCUGGAGAAAACAGCAAGUAGUUUUGUUGAAUCAAUCCUAGACGAUGUCAAACAAAAGGUUCAGGAUGAAAAAGAUCAGGAGUAUGCAGAGAUGGAAGCCUCAGCUGCAGUAAUAGAAGCAGAUGAGGAAAUAUCAGAUGAGGAGGAUGCCGUUGCCAUGGCUGCAGAUAAUGGAGAUGUGGACAGAACUGACGAAAGUGAAGAAGAACUCGAGGUUCCCCCUGCCACUCCGCCCCCUCCUAUACCUCCUUUACCGCUCUUUAGGAAACAAGUUUCUGAGGAUAUUCCUGAAAUCACAAUCACACAACAUCUUCAUGAAGAAAGAGAUGAAGGUGAUUAUCCAUUAUGCUUUGCUGAGAAAUACACCGACAAAUGCAUUCCGGAAAGAGAUGAUGAAGAAGAAGAGGAACCUAAACAGUCGACAUCAUAUCAGUCGGACUUUGAUCAAACUGAUGCUCCUAAGGUGGAAGAAUCUUUCAAAGAAGAAGAGGUUCAAGAGCAGGAAGAACUUCCUGAGGAAAAAGAGGAGAAAGAAAUUAGUUAUCCCCAAGAUAAGGAUCCUUUUUUAGUGGAUACUGACUCAGAAUCAACCCCUAAAGUUUUGAAAGAUGGUGAGCAACAACUUCAGCUCGUAGUUGCUGUUCAACAGAGUGAAACAGUAGAGGCUGAGACUGGGUCUACACCCGUUAAUGAACAAGAUAAACUGGCAGAAGAGUUUGAACUGAGAGUGGAAAUCAGUGAUGGAAUGAGACCCUAUGAUUAUGCAGAACUUCAGAGUCCUGAGGAUCAUGGUGACUCUUCUAGUGUUGAUAGUUUUGCCACAGUAGUUGCUGCACAACCAGAUGAGGAUGAGGACAUGGUGGAUGAGGAACAGGAAGACAGACUGGCUGACUUUGCAUCAAUGACCUCCUCCUUCCACUCAGAUAUGCAGCCUACUCUUCAAGAUACUGGUGGUGAGGAGGAUGAUGAUGAUGAGGUUGAAGAAGAGGAACCAGAAGAAAUUCUAGAAUGGCCAAGACGUACCUAUGAUCGUGAUGGAGACAGGGAAAGUGAAUCCUCAUUGGAUAGUGAACGUUAUGAGUUUAUAGACAGGACAGCAUUGUCUGUUAUCACUGAAAUGUCCGAUGAAGAUCGGUUUGAAAUGAUUGAGAGAGAAGAAGCACUUUCUGAAGGUGGAACCUCAGACCAUGUACAAAGCUCUCCAGAAGGUCCACAACCAUCACCUGGUGUGAAUAAUUACAAAUUCUUUGGGAAGAGUAAUGAAAAGGAUGAUGUUUCCAUCUCAUCCUCACUACUAGAAUUUGAAAGUCUUGAAAAAGAAAUCAACCAAUCUGGCUCUGUAAGUUCUAUUGAACUAGGUGACAAAGAAAGUCUUGGUGGAUCCCUUGAUGAGAGACGCUUUCCUUCAAACAAUAAAAACAAUGACAGAGAUGAUGCAUCUGUAGCAUCAUCACUUGCUGAGUUUGAAAGACUUGAAAGGGACAUUGCUGUGUCAGGUUCUCUGGGUUCCAUUGAGAAAGUGUCGUCUGGUUCUCUAGGUUCAAUGGAGAAAGUGUCUGGUUCUCUUGGGUCAAUAGAAAAAGUUACACUAGAAAGCAAAAGCAGCAAUGGAGCUGGCUCUCUGACCUCAUUAUCGGAGUUUGAGAAAUAUGAGAGGGAAUGUUUUACAGAUUCUGAGGACAGGAGAAGUUCUUUGGGCAGUAUGAGCAGGAGGAGUGAUGCCUCCUCUCAUCCAUCAUUAAUAGAAUUCGAACAUUUAGAACAUGAAGUAAGAUCCACAGAAGAACUUGAAGUAGAAGCCCAGAAAAUUGUGACCAUCCUGGAAUCUGGGUCACUAUUUGCAGCUGCUAAAGCUUAUUCAGCCAAACAUGACAUUGACAGAGACUCUCUUGAUGGGAAGGAAAGCAUUGAUCAUGAUUCAUUGAGUGAAGGAGAGAAAGCUGAUUCACUUGACGGUGAUACAUCGGAACUGACUGACAUGACAUCAAGUGUGAUUUUCACUGGUAUUAUGCCAGUAUGCCAGGCUGCAGGUGAUGCAACAACAUCAGGUGGGGAAUUUACCUCAGCUAAUGAACAGGACUCUGACUCACUUCAUGGGGAGUCUGUGAUGCAGUUGUCAUCAGAUUCGCUUGGCCUGGAGAACAGAAGAGCACAGAGAGAUGUGUAUGAUACUGACUCUCUGCAUGAAACUGAUGGUGCAAUGGACAGGUCUGCUGACUCUAUUGAACUAGGUCACAGAUUAGAAUCAGAACCAGUGGACAUUAUGUGUAAAUCUGCAGAUUCCAUAGAGCUUGAACGUCAGUUGCUGGUGGAAGCUGGUUUCAUGCAAACAUCAACAGAUUCAUUGGAACUAGGUCAACCAGAGACUGUCAUGGAGAGAUCAACAGAUUCUCUGGAAGUUGAUCAGAAAGCUGAAAUAGACAGAGACUCCUUACAAGACCAAGAUGACCUGAUGCUAACUUCAGCAGAUUCCUUGGAGUUUGAUAAAUCAGAUAAGCCACCAGAUGUCAUGCAGAUGUCUGUUGAGUCUGCUGCUUGGAGUAGCAUGGGUAGCUCCGGUUUGUCAAAAUCAUCACAAGGGACAAUCAGAUCACAAAGUGACUCAAGUCAUUCCCAUGACUUGAUGCAGGUAUCUGCAGAAUCUGCUGAAUUCAAAUAUAAGCACCAAAAGUCUGAGGAAAAAACCCAAAUCAUAGAACAAUCCUAUACACACAAAUCAGAAAGCCAAACAAGGACUGAAACGACAGAAGUGAGACACGUGACUCAGACUUCUUACAACACCAAUCCAUUCCUAGAAACCGAAGAAGAGUGUGAAUCUUAUGAACAAUACAAUAAAGAGCAAAACUUCAAGUUCGACUUAGAGCCGGUAGUUUCGUCAAGUCCCUUCCUUUCUAAGGGUCCAUACCAAGAGCCAAAGAAAGUAUUUACAAUGGCCGAAUGGGAAGCAAUGAAACAGUCCAAAAAGAAACAAACUCCUAGCCCUGAACCAAGCCCCCCUAGAGACCCUGCACCCACCUCUUCCCACCCUGUCUCUGACCUCUCCUCUACUCCCACUAGCCAGCCCCACAUAGGACUUGCUACUUCGGAGACAAGCGACUCUAGUCGAGCAGCACGUGGGGAGGAGGAAGAAGAAGGGGAUCACGAUCUAAUGGAAGGAGAUGACAGCAUCGGCAGUAUGAACAGUUCACUGACCACCUCAGUCGAUGGAGCCGAGUCUACAAAACUUAUGCUGAAGAAGGAGAUCCACAUGAAGACCACCAUUGGACCCGACGGUCGCGAGCAAACCAUGGUAAAGGAGGACAUCCAGGUGCGCCAGGAGAACGACCCCCCGGAGGAACUACGUGACAGCAUGCAGGAGAUUAUUAACCAGUUCAUGGUGGCCGAGAUGCCACAACAGAGGCAGGCUCUUGAAGAUGAUGUGUAGACGUGCACAGCCCGCAGCCAGACUUGACGUCUGCUCUUCUCAGGGCAUCUGCCGUCUGCUGCAAUCUCAUUGUGGUGCUUCUUCUGGUUACCAGUGCUUCAUCCAGGGUACAAUGGAAGGUUGACAUCCGGGACAGAGAACAGGAGUUUGUUUGUAAUCAGGACCUAAUUGGACAGAGGAUACGAAAUUGAUGAAAUGAUUUUCUACAUGUUGGAUAUGGGAUUUCAAUAUAUCCUGGAUUAAGCACUAUUAUUUCAGCUGUUGAGCAACUAUUACUUGCCACUUACAACCCAUUCUUAAGGAACAGUUGUUUUGCAGUGUUUACAUUGUCACUGAAACUGAACACAUGUUGAAGUAUUUUAUUCCACAAGUAUGAUUUCAUUUUAUUUCCUGUAUUGGCAGUAGCAUUUUCAAAAAUAUACAUGGAACAUUUAGCAUGUAACCUUUUGGCAAAUAUUUACACCUAGUAUCUUCAUCAAGCUUAGCAUUUCAUCAAGGGCAUUCCUCUAUUUUCAACAAGAGAUUGAGCCACGUUGGUACAUUUUCCUGCAACUGGCUGCAAGACAUCUACCUUGGUAUUCCAUUCAAGUUGAUCUUUGCAAUGUACAUCAGACAUACUCAUCAUUCUACAAUAUUUGCCGUGUUUGACUGAUGUGUUGUUUGAGCUGCACGUUUGGCUUGAUAAUACGUAUAGCUACUGCCAAUAGCAAGCCAUUUUUCAAUCGAGGGGCAUAUUGGGAAAGAUUGCCUUGUUUCAUGAAAGAGAAACGGAAUGAUGAUAUUCCACUCACAGCACUACAGAAUUUUGUAUGACAUUAUGCAUUACCAUUCCAGACGAUGCUUAGCACUGCCAAUAUGCCCUUCAACGGAUACAUGUUUGACAGGUCUGGUCUGCACCUGCAAAUGAUGUUAUUUAUUGCACUGACAUUUUCUGUUACUGCUUCCAUUUUGUCUGCAAAUUCUGACAUUUUGCAUGUUUUGAAAUAAAUAGUCAUGAUUAUAUACUCUACGAAUGUGACACAGACAUUGAUGAUGCCCCAAGAUUUAACCAGAUCCUACACUCUAGGACAUACGACAUAACAUAUCGCUCCUAUCCAGAUCGGCCCCAUUCAGUCUGGAUUGGACCGAUUGCACAUUUCCCCCGAUCUGAACCUGACGGGGUUGGUAUUUGACGGUACGGUAUUCGUGUUUUAUGUGGACGGUAGGCUGCUGUAAUUCAUUGAUAUUGGUGUCAUUAAUGCAUUUUUCUGAAGUCUAUGGAUACCGAACUAAGGUGGUUUGUGGGAUUAUAAUGGAUUUUAAUUUAUCAGCACGUAUUUGUAAAUUUAGGUGCCUGAGUUUCUAGCCAUAUCUAUUUGUACAUGACACAGUGUUUUAGUAACUUGUACUAACUCUGUUAGUGCCUCCGAUGUGACUGUAUCUGUUCUGAGCAAAGAUCUCCCUAGGUGUACACAACUCUACUUUCUUUUUUAUCAUAUCUGAUUGAGAUCUGUUUUAGAAUGUAUUGCCUCCGUUGAACCAUCCAUAAUGUUGUGAAGUUAUAUGAUUAAUCUCAUCUUAAUAAAUGCUUUAGUAUGCCAUAUAA